CCUCUCUUUCUCUCUCCAAGGCAUCACCACUGAACGUUUAAAUCUACGUGAUUCUAAAUUAAUGUAUCAGAUGAUAAAGUAGUACUUGAUAUCUUUCUUUUCCUUCUUCAAGUUAUAUAUAGUUUGAUCAAAGAGGAGUAUAUAUAUAUAUAUAUAUAUAUAUUCGUAAUAUAAUAAUGUCAAACCAAGUAGUAGAUCAAUCGACGAUGGAAGUGGAGGCUGAAGAAAAUAGCACUACUGCCAUAGUACAUGAGGAGGAUUUUUCUGCGCAGAAUAAGGGACUUCAAGGCAAGAAAGUUUCAUGGCAAAGGCUAAGAAGGAACGACUCCUUGGACAUCGAGGCCCGCAGUGUUGGAGGCCACCAUGCAUAUGGCCAUGGUUCCAAGGGUUCUGGUAAUUGGUCGGUGAUAUUUCAACUAGCAUUCCAAAGCAUUGGAAUAGUUUAUGGUGAUAUAGGUACAUCACCUUUAUAUGUGUACUCAAGUACAUUCACAGAUGGAAUAAAGCAUAACGAUGACAUUUUGGGGGUUCUUUCUUUGAUCUUCUAUACUAUCACUUUGAUCCCUUUGAUCAAGUAUGUCUUCAUUGUCUUACAAGCCAAUGACAACGGUGAUGGAGGGACAUUUGCAUUAUACUCACUUAUAUGUCGAUAUGCGAAAGUGGGAUUAACACCAAGUGAACAAGCUGAGGAUAGAGAUGUUUCUAAUUUCCAGCUCGAGUUGCCUAGUAAUAGACUAAAAAUGGCUUCAAAACUCAAGUCUAAGCUUGAGAACUCCAAAUCCACAAAGUAUUUCCUCUUGUUCGCAACUAUGCUUGGCACUUCAAUGGUUAUCGGCGACGGAGUCCUCACACCUUGCAUUUCAGUUCUGUCGGCUGUUGGAGGCAUCAAGAACGCUACAUCUAACAUGAGCCAAGAUAUGAUUGUUUGGAUCUCAGUUGGCAUUUUGAUAUGCCUAUUUAUGGUCCAAAGGUUCGGAACUGAUAAAGUGGGCUAUAGUUUUGCUCCCAUAAUUUGUUUAUGGUUCGCACUCAUCUCUGGCAUUGGUCUUCACAACUUUGUCAAAUUUGAUCCUUCCGUCGUCAAAGCCAUAAAUCCUAAAUACAUAGUCGAUUAUAUUCACAGAAACAAGAAGGACGCUUGGAUUUCUCUUGGUGGCAUUGUUCUAGCCAUAACAGGAACGGAGGCUCUAUUCGCAGACGUGGGGCACUUCACCGUAAGGUCCAUUCAAAUAAGCAUGUGUUCAAUAACGUACCCAGCUCUGGUAAUGGCAUACGCUGGACAAGCCUCGUUUCUUCGGAAGCACAACGAUAUUGUCAGUGAUACUUUCUACAAAUCUAUUCCCAAGCCACUGUAUUGGCCAAUGUUUGUGGUGGCCGUAUGCGCGGCCAUUAUAGCUAGUCAAGCCAUGAUUUCAGGGACUUUCUCCAUAAUCCAACAAUCUCUCUCCCUGGGCUGUUUUCCACGUGUGAAGAUCGUUCAUACUUCUACCAAGUACGAAGGUCAAGUUUUUGUUCCAGAGGCCAACUAUCUUCUUAUGCUGGCUUGUGUUGCUGUUACUUUGGGUUUCAGAACCACUACCAAGAUUGGAAAUGCCUAUGGAAUAGCUGUAGUGUUUGUGAUGACACUCACAUCCUCUUUCCUUGUAUUAAUAAUGGUAAUGAUAUGGAAGACCAACAUAUUCUUGGUAAUCACCUACGUUGUCGUCAUUGGCUCAGUCGAACUUCUCUACCUAAGCUCGGUCCUCUACAAAUUCGACCAAGGAGGCUAUCUUCCCCUCGCUUUUGCGGGGCUGUUAAUGGCUGUCAUGUUUGUUUGGAACGACGUGUAUAGGAGAAAGUACUAUUAUGAGCUCGAUCACAAACUUGCUCCUGAAAAAGUUAAGGAGAUCACUAACGAGACCAACUUUCAUCGAUUACCAGGCCUUGCAAUGUUCUACUCAGAACUUGUUCAAGGUAUUCCUCCCAUUUUUAAGCACUAUGCAGAGAAUGUCCCUGCGUUGCACUCAGUCCUCGUUUUUGUCUCAAUUAAAUCAUUACCAAUUAGUAAGGUUCCACAGGAGGAAAGAUUCUUGUUUCGUAGAAUAGAUCCCAAGAAUCUAUUCGUAUUUCGCUGCGUUGCAAGGUACGGUUACACGGAUGUUCGUAACGAGCAUGAACCUUUUGAGAAAAUGUUGGUUGAGAAAUUGAAAGAGUUUAUCAAAAAUGAAUUUUGGUUGUUCCAUAUUAUAACCAACAGUAAUACAAAUAAUAAUAAUAAUAGAGAGAUCGUUACGGGUAUCGAUAAUGAUGAUGGAAGGUUAUCAUCAAAAGAAGAAGGAUUGACUGUUGGUGAUAAAGAAGAAGAUUAUCACGAGAAAUUGGAUAGAGAAAUUGAGGCAAUUGACAAGGCGUGGGGCGCUGGAGUGGUGCACUUGAUUGGUGAGAACGAAGUGGUGGCAUGUAAAGGAUCAGGGAUAGGUAAGAGAAUCCUGAUAAACUAUGCUUAUAAUUUCUUGAAGAAGAAUUUGAGGCAGACUGACAAACUAUUUGAUAUUCCUCACAAACGCAUGCUUAAAGUGGGGAUGACUUAUGAACUUUGAAUCAAAUUAUUCAUCUUACAUUUCAAUAUGGGAAGACUGGGCUUCAAUGUUACUUCAUAUACAUGAGAUGGAAAAUAUGUAUUUAUAUAAUUAGAGGUAGAUCAUAUAUAAUAACGAUAAUUUUGGUUAAUUAUAGGGAUGAAAACAGAUGUAGUAUACGUGUACUUAAAAUAAGAAUGAAAAUGAAUGAUGAUUGCUAUUGUUA